AUGGCCAGCGUCAAUCCGGCUGCAUGCACGCCUCAGGCGGUCAUGAACCAUGUUCAGAAGCUGAGCGAUGCCGAUCCGGAUUUUCGGUUCAUGGCUCUGAACGAUCUUCUGAAUAUUCUGACUUUCUCCAAGCCCGAUUUUCUGCAGCAUGAUUACAAUGUCGCCGCCCGCACCGUUGAUAGCAUCAUCAAGACACUCGACGACCAGAAUGGCGAAGUGCAAAACCUGGCUAUCAAGUGUGUAGGACCUCUCGUCGCGAAAGUUCCCCAUAGCAUCGUCGGACCCAUGAUCGAAAAGCUAUCCUCGCUAAAGCUAAAAAACUCCGUCGACAAUGCCGUUUCAGCAUUGGCUCUACGUCAAGUCAUCAUUGCACUUCCCCGACCUCUUCCCGGAGUGCCGGCCAACCCCGACGUAAACAAUGCAUAUGCAGCCGUAAGGCGCGUGCUGAUCCCACGUCUAGUCGGCUCCAAGGCCAAGACUCGCGGCCCGUCCAACGAUCAAAUCAACUUGCCCGACAUGCCUGUCGCGCUGUUGCAGGACAGCAAAGAAAUCAGUGUCGAGGCUGUGGAUGUACUGAUUGAAGUUGUCCGUUGUUUUGGCCCUCUUCUUGACCAGGAAGAAGCGGAAUCCAUGCUUGAUGUCGUAAUGCGUCUUCUGGAAGGCGAACAUGGAGGCUCUGUUGUUAAGAAGCGAGCUGUUGUCGCCAUUUCCAUGCUAGCCGUUUACUUGUCGGAUCAGCAGCUGCAAAAGGUCGUCAACACACUCACAGAGGCACUGGCACGGCCUAACGCAACCGCUGUCUCGCGUCGUCUUUAUAUUUCUAUCCUCGGAAGUAUGGCUCGCUCGAUUCCUGCUCGUUUCGGAACGCAUCUACCCAAAACUGCCAAUUUUAUUCUAAAGGAAUUGACAGAGGAUGAGCUCGAGUCUCACAUGCGAAAGAUGAGCGAUGGAGACGACUUGUGCCUUGAAUUUAAUGAGGUUAGAGAAGCAGCGCUUGUGGCCCUCGAGGCCUUCCUAGCCUCAUGCCCUCAAGAAAUGCGUCCUUAUACAGAUAUUGUUAUAUCGUCCUGCCUCCGAUAUUUGAGCUAUGACCCAAAUUAUGCGGUCGACGAAGAUGAAGAAAUGGAAGAUGACUUGAAUGAGGAAGAUGAGGAAGACGAUGAUGAUGAGGAAUUCGACGCUGACGAUGGGUUCGAAGACGAUGACGACGACGCAAGCUGGAAAGUGCGAAGAUGCGCUGCGAAAGCCAUAUAUACUUUGGUUGCCACCCGCGGUAGUGGUGAUUUGCUGGAAAAUGGGGUUUUGUAUAACACGGCCGCACCGACUCUGGUGAAGCGUAUGGAUGAGCGUGAAGAAAACGUUCGCCUUGAGAUUAUUUCCGCCCUUUCCCUCCUUGUUCGCAAAACCGGUGAGGGGCUUCACACCGAAACCAUUACUUUGGACGAGCUUGAGCCCGAUCUUGCCGUUCAAAUGCCCAUCAGCCGCAAACGCAGACGCCAAAGCAGUGGUGGUGGUUCAAACAUAUCCAAGUCGAUGAUCGGCACUGGCCUGGUCUCUCCGAUCCUCGAAAAAGCACCAAUGCAUGGACCCCGUGCCGAACUAACGACCCUUAUACCCAGCAUUGUCAAAGUUGCGACCAAGCAGCUCAAGGGCAAGACUAUCCCGACGAAGCAAGCUGUAGUCAGCCUACUCGAUGAUCUUGUGUCCGUGUUGCGAGGCGGCCUUGCUGACCACUUUGGAACGCUCAUAAGCCUUAUUCUGGAUGUGAUCAAGCCUGCCGGCUCCAGCUCAAUUUCGUCCUCAAUCACGACAAGCGGAGGUACCGCAUCUGCCACGCCCAGCUCGCUUCGAGUCACUGCCUUGAAACUGAUCAGCGACAUUUCAAAAACUCACUCGUCAGCUGUAUUGCAGCCCUUUCUGACCCAGAUUGUUGACGGCGUGACAUCUGCUGUACACGACAGGUUCUACAAAAUCUCAAGCGAGGGCAUUCGGACCUCAGAAGAACUGGUCAAAGCCAUUACGCCACCUCGAUCGCGAGGAUCCGCAAUCAAGUACAAAGGAGAGCUCGACAAACUCUUUACUGUGAUGAUGGACAGAGCUUCAGCAAAUGACGCAGACGCAGAGGUUAGGCAACGUGCUAUCCACGGACUUGGCGUCCUAAUUUCUCGCACAUCCGCGGUCGAAAGUGAGGCGCUCUUAUCAAAAGAUAAGCGUGAGGCUGCGCUGAACGUUCUGCGCGAGCGUCUCAAGAAUGAAACCACUCGGCUUGCAUCCGUUCGUGCACUGGAUAAUGUUGCUACAUUUGCCAACACCCAAGGCCAAUUGCGAAAAAGUUGGAUCCAAGAGGUGGCUUUGGAGCUUGCAGACCAGCUUCGCAAAGCUAACCGACCGCUUCGUGGGUCCAGCAUUGCUGCGCUUAAAAACCUUGUUCUAUGUAAAGCUGCUGAGGGCCAACUCGAAGCCAGUACCGUUGAGGGAAUUGUCUCGGCGCUCAUGCCAAACGUGAGGAACGCCGACGCGCACCUUCUCGGCCCAUCUCUGCUCAUCUUGGCAGACUUGGUCCGAACUGAUGCAAACCUGGUUAUGACCGAGGAAACUGUCUCUGCUCUAUGCGAGCUUUUGAAAUCACACCUGGCAGGAAUAGUCCUCGAUCAGCUUCUUACUCUUGUUAGUGCUGUGGGCGAAAGUCGCGCCGGUGGUCCUUUGAUGACCGGUCUUUUGCAGAAUGUGAGCAUUGCAGGUGACCCGGUGGUUGUCGGAAAAGUCAUAGGAACAUUGCUUGUCACUGGUGGAGCUUCGUCUGGGGUUUCUGUCAGCAGCUUCGUUUCUGAGCUGGAGAGUAGCUCUCAAGGCGGUGACAACGCCCGCAUCUGUCUUGCACUUGCAGUCCUCGGCGAGGCGGGCAUGAGACUUGGCACAAGUUCACCAUUGCAGCCGGAGCUGUUUCUUGGCCAGUUCAGCGCUGAGCCAGACAAGGUUUCCCUGGCCGCCGCCGUUGCGCUUGGCCGCGCCGGGUCUGGGAACGUCCAGGCAUUCCUACCCACUAUUCUCAAGGAAAUCAAGAAGGGCGGAAACACACAGUAUCUAUUGAUUCAGUCGAUCAAAGAAAUUUUACAUUCUGUCUCGGAUCAAUCGGCUGACCUUAGAGACCAAGCCGUGUCCAUUUGGGAUCAAUUACUUCAGGCAUCGGAUAAUGUGGACAACAAGGUGGUUUGCGCCGAGUGCGUUGGGCGUCUGGCAACGCUAGACCCGACCAACUUCAUGCCCAAACUCCAGACACUGCUCAAGAACAAGUCGACGGGUGUUCGUGCUAUGGCUGUACAGGCAGUACGGUACACGCUCCCUGAGUGUGACGAGGCGUUUGAUGCUGUGCUGCGUAACAUGCUGAUCGAUAUGCUGCUUAUCAUGCUGCAAGAUGAAGACAUGGAGAUUCGUCGCUUGGCAAUGUCGACGCUGAACUCUGCAGCGCACAAUAAGCCCGAUUUCAUCCUGCCCCAUCUCGGCCAGCUCAUGCCCUUUGUGCUAACUGAAUCAGUCGUGAAGCCUGAGUUGGUGCGCGAAGUACAGAUGGGGCCAUUCAAGCAUACUGUAGAUGAUGGGCUAGAAGUUCGAAAGAGUGCCUAUGAAACGCUGUAUGCUCUCAUGGAGACUGCCUUUAGCCGGAUCAACAAUAUCGACUUUUACGACCGGAUUGUUGCCGGUUUGCGCGACGACAAUGAUAUUCGGCAGCUUUGUAACCUGAUGGUAACAAAACUUAUUGUCAUUGAUCCUGACGAGACUGCACGACGACUGGAUGCGAUUGCGGAAGCUUAUAAAGCCGUCUUGUCUACGAAACUAAAAGAUAAUUCUGUGAAACAAGAUAUUGAGAAGCAGGAAGAGGCGAACAAGAGCAUUCUCCGUGUCACGCUUCUCCUAGGCGAGAAGAUGAAGGCUCUUACAGGCAACGCCGGUGCUGCCACGAGCAAUGCCGGUGUGACGAGUGUUUGGACGGGUUACUGGGAGUGGGUGAACAAAGACUUUGGGAGUCAACUGAAGGGCUUGCGUGAAGAGAACAAGGAGCUCCAGACGAAAAUGGUUUGA